GUGAGUAUUGUACGUAUAAAAUGUUAGGUCGAGCCUGACUGACAUGUGCCUCAUGCACACACACACACGGCAGAGCAGGUCCGACUGGUUCGACCAGAGGCGGCUGCCAGGCGGGCAGGAGAUGGGGGGGCGUGCCCCUCUCCGAGAAGGCGGUUCUGGGUCACAGUGAGAAAACAAGACAUAACUGCGAGACUUAGAAGGAAGGAGGAAGGCCAGCGCAGCCCAGUUUUACAAUGUCAGGUGCACCCAUGGAGCUGCUGUGGAUGUGAGACUUCCUCCACAGAACCCCUUGACCGGCAAACACAGACAACCGACAUGAGCGACGAGCGGGAGAGGCAUCGGCCCCGUCGGAGUCACAGCCAAGAUGCCCGGCUGCCUGGCAACGUCAAGCCCCGCAUGGACAACCGUCGCCCGCAAAAUUCCAGAAGGUCCAGGAGCUCCGACUCUGAGCGAGGUCGACGGAGAGAGCAGCGCUUGGGCGAGUCCAACAAGCACCAGCGUCGGCGCCAGCACGGCAGGAGCGGCGACGCCGGCCACCGCCACCGGCCGCCCGAGGAGAGCGACGGCGAGGAGCCCGAGUGCGCCAUCUGCUUCUGUUCCUACGACAACACCUUCAAGACGCCCAAGCUGCUGACCUGCGGGCACACCUUCUGCCUGGAGUGUCUGGCACGCAUCAACGUGAGCGCCCCCGAAAUCAAGACGCUGUCGUGCCCCGUGUGUCGCGAGAUCACCGACAUCCCGCACGGCCAGGACCUGCCCCGCUUGGGCAACAACCAGGACAUCAUCGGCAGGCUCCCGCCCGACAUGCGCAGCACCAGAUCCAUCCGCUUCAAACGCAGCAAGGGCAAGCUCCUCUUGAAGAAUCCGGAGCCCAGCAGCCCCGCCAACGUCGGGGUCCUCACCCUGCCGCGGAAGAGCCACGAGGCCCAGGCGGCACCCGCCGACACUUUGCAACUGGAGGCCGUGGAGGGCGGCGUGGCGCCCGCUACCAUGGUGGACGUGGGGCGCCCGCCCAACAGGGUGCGCGGGCGCAUUCGCCGCUUUUUCCGCUCAGACCGCUGCUACUACAUCACGGUAGCCACCGUCGUCACCAUCACGGUGGUGCUCUUGUUGGUGGGCAUCCUGGCCUUUGUUAUCAUACCCAAUGUGACCGCCAGACCGAGGCCACCGCCCGGGAACCAGACGGCACGCCCGCCGCCUCCACGGGACGCUUUCACUACAGGACCGUAACGUGGGUUGCAAAAUUUCAGGGAUUCAUGGGAAUUAGUCGGAAUAAACCUAAUUUACCAGAAUGGAGGCUGUCUCUUAACAGGCGACUAAACAAAUGCGUUGCUCACCAAAAUUUGGGGAUUUGGUAGGGCAUUAGCCGGUUACCCGGUUACUGCGGUUUUAAAAAGUCAUGUAUUUUUUUUUUAAAUACUAAAACAUUCCCUCAUGAGUUCUUAUUUUUGUUCAGUGUUUCAGGACUUUUUGCCCAACUUGCUGUUUGACAAGGAGCUUAACGGCAAAAAUCACAUACCGUAAUUUUUUUUUUGUUUUUAAUUCCGAAGGACGCCCACUGAUAUGCCUUUCUGGAUGGUGCAUAGUCGGGUUUUUUUUGUUUUUUUUUGUCCAUCCAUACAUCCAUUUUCUGAUCCGCUUAUCCUCACAAGGGUCAGGGGGCAUGCUGGAGCCUAUCCCAGCUGUCUUCGGACAGUAGGCAGGGUACACCCUGAACCGGUUUCCCAGCCAAUCGCAGGCCACACAUUGACGAACGACCAUCCACGCUCGCACUCGCACGCACGGACAAUUUAGAGUGGUCCACGAACCUGCCAUGCAUGUUUUUUGUGGGAGGAAACUGGAGUACCCAGAGAAAACCCACGCAGGCAUGGAGAGAAUAUGCAAACUCCACACAGGAAGGCCGGAGCCGGAAUUGAACGCUGCACCUCUGCACUGUGAGGCCAACGUGCUAACCAGUCAACCACCUGGCCGCCCUGCUUUAGUGAAAUGGGGAAUAAAAUGCAAUUUUGCACAGAUGACAAAACGUUUACCGGUAUAUUUAUGCUUGAAUAAGAUGCCUUUCCAUCAAAUUACCAACUUAAUUCCCAUGGAAAUUUCCCAGAAUGUUCUCUCCCUGUUCAAACCUUUUUUUUACGCUAAGCACUACUACUUCACGUGUUUGGUGAGGUGAAGAAAUGAAGCCAAACAAGGACGGUGACAUUUUUUGAAUGGAGGCAGCACAGACAAACUGCACACACAGUGGAAUAAAACUGUGAAAGCCAAAGAUGAGAGACAGCAUUGUGAACAACUACAAAGUAUUGUUUAUGGACCAGCUACCUGUACAUAGCCAUACGUAUACCGUAUUUGUGAUUUUUAUUGUAAAUACCCUAUCUGUAAAUAUUCAAUCGUAGCCACCCAUUGGAUUUACUUUUGCAGGGAUACUUACCAGACCCACUGGCCAUGAGUGAAAAUGCAUCAUAUAGAGACCUCGAAAACUACUUUUUAAAUAUAGUUUUAGGCCACAUGUAUGCUUUUAUUAAAAUAUUUAAACUUAAGAACACACCCAUGUAUUCCUUUCGCACCUGUUUGCUCGCUGUCAAAAAUGGUAGACGCUCACUUCAUAAGGUCUUCAAAUAAGAGGAUAAUUAGUCGGGGGGUUCAGCAGUAUUUAGACACCAAAAUAUUUAGCCAAAUCAUAUCAUUUAUAAACUAUAUACAUUUAUAAGUUAGAUGUUAGCUUAAUGCUAACAUACUGUAUAAUGCAAAAAAUGAUUGGGUAGAUUCAAUGCUGAAUUAGCAUAUAUGUUACAGUGAUUAUGAAACUUUGAAGAAGUGUUACUUAAACACAUGUAGCACAAAUAUCUGCUCUGUGGGAAUGACAACUAUUUAAAAAAGAACAUUAAAAAAAAACAUAGCCAGGGAGAGCCAAAUAUUUGGAAAUUAUACAAAUAACGGCUCAACAGAAAACACCACAAAUCUUAAACAAUACAAAAAUAAUACUCAGAGUACAAACACUAUGACAUUUUUUGAUUACACAACUGAUUAGUUGUACAGAUUUAGCAUGCUAACGAUAUAGCCACGACGCUAGACCUCCCUCUUUCUAGCACAGGUGCUCGUUUUAGCUGGUGUUCAGAUCUCAUUUGGCCAAAGCGAAGCAGGCCAAAAUAUAAAUGACAUGAACAGUGUAAAUACCGGUAUAUUAUUGUGUCUAACCCAAUGAUUUUAUUGUAAAAUACAGAUGAUUGCAAACUUGUACUCUGUAUUUUUUUUUUCACUAAAAACAAUAACAAAAAGCUGCCUGGCUAAUAUGGACCUUUUGUGGAAUGUGUCAUGUGGACAAUACUGUACUUUGUUUUCCUAAAAGAGGCCAAACCUGUAUUCACAUCAUCAUCAUCAUCUUGUGAUUAUUCUUGAGCCAUGUGAGCAUGUGUUCAAGUCUGGUAAACACACGAGCCACAAGAAUACAGUUUCAAGUGAGUUUCUCUUUGCUCCCUCGCAGGCAACCCAACCAGUCCGACACACGGUGAGUGAAGGCUUUAUCUGGAUUCUUCAGCUUUUGACACCAAGGAGAUGGAGAGAUGGGUGAGACAAAAUGCACUAUCACAAAGCAGAAGUUGAAAAAUAUAAGAGGUAGGAAUUCAUGGCAAAUUUGCCAUUGAAAGCAGAAAUUCGAUGCGUUUGGUCUGUAACAGUGGAAAAGUACUGUUUACAAUGUCAUUAAGGAUUCCACCUUGGGGCUGUACGAUAGCUUCUAGACUUCCAAACUAAGAUUUGUGAUUUGAGUCCCUUAUAUUGGAUCUCAUCGUACUCCACAACAUGCAGCAGUUUGGUAAAUAAUUCAUUCAAAAUAAAGAGGCUUCCAGCUGUUUGUUACUACUCCCAGUUGAAGUUUACUGCCAAACAAAACAUCGAACAAAGAGCUGCAUAUUAAAAAUCAUAACCUUAAGUCAGGGAGCUUGAUGCAAACACAUAAUGGAUGGGAGAAUGACUAAUACUACUGUGGCUUACUGAGGAGUGACCGUCUUCAUAGAGAGUACAGUAUACCCAUACAGUAUGUCUAAUCCAUGCUGCCCCCAGGUGGCCAAGCGGCACAUAACAGAAUGAGCAACACUGUCGGUAGGCUAAAGCAAUUGUACAAUGCUACAUUUCUGACAAAAACUAAAUUUAAAUAAAUGUUGUUUGCUUUUGGUGGGAGGUCGGAAUGUAAUUAUUGCAUUUCCAUGUGGAAAGACUAUUUGAGGUGGAUUUUUUUUUUUGAAAAAUUGAUGCAACGUCAUCUGUUAAAGCAGCCCACCCACAGCCAGAGUUCAAUUCUCUCCUUUCACCGAGAAUAUCCAGAGGGUUUUAUCUUGUCACGAUAGUAGCACAGUUGCUGAA